GCGUUACUUUGCAACGGUCCGUUAUCUUUUUCUUUCCAAAUGAUGCAUGUGCCGUGGAAUUAGAUACACGCGUUGUUUAACGUUAUCUAAAUGAAAAUGCCGAGUUUGCGAGACUCUCUGGCGUACGAGGGAUUUCCGCAGGCGACCAGGAGGGUUCUGGAGCACGUUGAGGCGUCGUGCUCGGGCGGGGAGGCAGGGACGAACCUGGGAGCGCUGGUGGAGGAGUUCGUACACUUCAGGCCGCCUGACGCCCUCCCCCACCACACGGGUCUGAAUGCACUUCAGGAGCUGCAGCUUCUCCAGAUUCUGUCCGACUACUUUGGAGCCAAGACGAAUGUGGGCCUGGCCAGACAAGUCUUCAUGGUGCUGUUUGGCACACGGGGAGGGGCAGACAGACUAACGGACCAUAAGGUGAAGUUGUUAGGAAAGCUGGUGUCCAUGUGCAUCGCCACACAGCACGAGAUGGUGCUGGACUGCACUGCCUACUGGAUCCUGCAAGAGGGCGCUUCUACCCCACCUGUCCUGACCCUGCUGACCUCCAUCAUACAGGACUACUGCAUGCUCAUGCCGGGGACACUCGACACCCUUCAGAGGGUCGACAAAACCUCGCCCAGCUUCGCCUGCCAGUUUGUCACCAUCGUAACCAGUUUGUACCAGCUGAAACCGGACGCUGCUUCCUCCAGUCACCCCCCUCCCUCACUCCUGGAGGUCAUAGCAGAGUGGGUUGCUGGUAACCCCCGCAUCUGCCUCGCCAGUUUGAAGGACACCAAGGGGGCGGUGCCCGUCACACCUAUCCCCGGUCUCUGCCACUGGUGCGUAAAAUCACCGUUGGUCCGAAAUCCAGAGAGUACGCAAGAGGAAGCUAUGAUAUAUUCCAAACUGCAUCUUGGCAUACUGCAGUCGCUUCUCACCGCGCAGAAUGUUGCUCCGAACGCAAAACUCUUACCGGUGUCCGCCGUAGAGGAGAUGGUGUCAGACUUGCGCGCGCUCGUCCAAACGUCUGAAGGCCAGGGGGACGCCGUGCAGCUGGCUGUGGAGAGGUUAGCUCAGGUCAUGCAGGUUGCCAUGGCAACGGGCUCCACCCAGCUGAACAGGAAGCAGGUGGCUGGGCUUUAUGGACAGCUGCCGGAGAACAGACUCCUGUCACUCAUACUGAGUUAUGGUGGGGAGGGCUGAGGGGUAUGGGAGUGGGAGGGGAGGGGUUUAUGGGGAGAUCUGAUCAUGAUGAGGGGAAAGGAUUUGGGCAGGGCUGGGGGGGCAUGGAAGGGUUGAGGGAAGGAGGUAUGGGGACAGCUUAGGAGGUUGGGGCAAUAGGGAGAGGAUGUAUAGAAAGAACAUAUUGAAGACUUUUUGAUAGGUUGCUUCAUCUGUUACAACGAAUUUCUGUUUAAUAUUUACAAACAGACAAAAUGCACUGCAAUAAUUUAUAGACUUGAACAUAUCGUGUUAUCAGUCAGCUUCAAACAAUGGAUUUUUGAACAAAUGUUUGUAUGGUCUUUAAUAGUACAUGAAAACAGAUAUAGUUUAAAUGGAAAAUUUCAUGUAGUGCUCAAAGAUCACCAGAUUUUUCUCCUUGAAUACGGAAAAUCUUGAAAUGUUUGCCGUGAUUGUAUUUCAAUGGUUUGCGCCUCUCCACUUUAGAAUCAUAAAAAUUAUAACAUUACAAAUGUGUGUUUCAUUGUAUUACAACUAUGUUAUGGAAUUGUUUGAACUGCAAACACCAAACACUGUGAAAAACUCCUUUGUCAGCUUACUAGUAACUAAGUUCCUGAUAAUGCUAGAAAUGAUAGAUUUACAGUAGCAACAUUCAGAACUGUCCAAUUUCCUUGCUCUGAUUGAUGAUGCUACAACUUGCCCUUCCAAGGCACCAGACACCGAUAUGUUUGUCUGUCGGUGAUCAAUGUCCUCAUUUGGUGCGAAAAUUGUGCCGAUAAAUCCUCAUCAUUGUAUGAACUAUCGGAAAACCCUUCCCAUGCCUGUAACAUACAACCUUGAUACAUGCCCUACCAUGUAUUCACUGUUCUUAUCUAUCUUACUUCUGUCAGUACAACAAUAGGACAAUUGAUUAACUGGACAGCUGUUAGAAUAGAUAAUACCAACAACAGACAUUAAACUGGACCUCUGUGCUAUCCAUUGUGCUAUUGAUUACAGAAGUAGCCCUCAGAUCAGGACAAUUUUUCAUGUAUCGAGUAACAGGGCUGAUAUCUGGGCAGAAGAGUCAGAUAGAACCAGUAGCUCCGCAGGUGAUGAUGACAUAUUGGAUGUCUCCUCUGACCCAGCAGUGCAAAGAUAGAUGCGUGGAAAUAUCUGUGUUGGCUAUAAAUCAUUGGGAUUGUGGCACUGAUUUAGUAGUGCUUUGUAAAAGUUGAUGUAACGUUAGUAGUUUAACACGUCAAGGAAGAUUAGACAUCCAGGUAAUGAGAUACGCAAGGUAAACUAUACGUCUGUUAUAUUAUUUGUCUAACCCUUACAUCUUCCCUAGGUUUUCCUUGAUAUGCAGGGGUUGUCACUACUAAAGUACAAUGUACUAAAAAUGUACUGAUGAUUUUGUUGUUAUUUUCAUCGUCGUUGUAUUUGAAUGCACCAUAGGUCAAGUGUAAUUGUUAUGAGCACAUUUUUCUGUCUUCCCAUGGUAUUCUCUUCUGUGAGCUACAUAUACAUGUAUAAAUGCUUCAUACAGGUUGUUUGAUAGGG